AAAAUGUUCUUAAACACCAGUAAUGACGUCAAAGUCACGUGAGCAGAGACACUCCCUCCUCGGAGAAAAAACACAGAAUACAGAACAGCUGAACCAGCUCGGUCCUCAGACACGUCUUUAUCAAAACAAGAUGAAAAAGUUCCUGUUGUUGCUUCUCUUCUGUCACGUCUCAUCUCCAGUCAAACACUCACUUAAGUUAUUCUUCACGGGAUCUUCUGGAGUCCCAAACUUGUCAGAGUUUGUGGGUGCUGCAGUGGUGGAUGGACUUCUGGUGGCUUACUGCGACACCAACAAAAAGAUAGUAGAACCAAAACUGGACUGGAUGAAAACAUUUUUUGACAACAACCCUCAGCAUUGGGAAAUGUACACUGCAGAGUGUUUUGAGAGGCUUCCUAACUUAUUCAAAGCCUGGAUGAAUGACAUGAAGCAGAGCUUCAACCAAACUGGAGGUGUCCACAUUCUCCAGAGGAUGGAAGGCUGUGAGUGGGACGAUGAGACUGGAGAGGUCAGUGGUUUUAAUCAGUUUGGUUAUGAUGGAGAAGACUUCAUAGCAUUCGACCUGAAGACAUCAACAUGGAUCACUCCGAAACCACAGGCUGUCAUCACCAAACAAAGAUGGGAUGCUGAGAUAUCUAGAAUAAAAUACAUUGAGAUUCUCCUUACUGAGAUGUAUCUUGAUUGGCUGAAGAUGUAUUUGGACUACGGCAAGAGCUCUCUGCUGAGAAAAGAUCUUCCCUCAGUGUCUCUCCUCCAGAAGUCUCCCUCCUCUCCAGUCAGCUGCCACGCUACAGGUUUCUACCCUGACAGAGCCAUGAUGUUCUGGAGGAAAGAUGGAGAGGAGCUUCAUGAGGACGUGGACCUCGGAGAGAUCCUCCCCAACCACGAUGGAUCCUUCCAGAUGAGUGCUGACCUGGACCUUUCAUCAGUCCCAGCUGAAGACUGGAGGAGGUACGACUGUGUGUUUCAUCUCUCUGGUGUGGAGGACGACAUCGUCACCAAACUGGAGAAAGCAGAGAUCAGGACCAACAGAGAUAAGCCCAGUCACAUGAUCGUCCCCAUCACUGCUGCAGUGGUUGUUCUUGUUCUCGUCUUCAUCGCUGCCACUGGAUUCAUCGUUUACAAAAGGAAUAAAGCCAAAUGUCCUGCAUCUCGUCCUGACAGCAGCUCUGAGACUAACUGCACUGACUGAAAGAGGCUUCCUGCAACAACAGUGAAGUAGUAGUUAUAAUGUAUAAUGUAUGUAAAAUUAGGAUAGUAAAUAUACAAAGCCCACAAUUGAAAGGGAAUAGGAUUAAACAUUAUAUAAAAAAAAAAAAAAAAAAAAGAGAUGAUGUGCAUUAGAAAGUGCAAUACAUUUUAUUCUUUAUUUCUUUUUUUUAAUGUCUUUUUAUUUUAUAUUUUUACAUAUUUUAUUUCAUUUCAAGGUUUGGAUAUGUGUGAACACUAAUUUGCACAGACAACAGAUUCUGAUAUUGCUGAACAUUACAUUGUGUUGUUGUAACGUAUACUGUUGGUAACUUUUCUAAUAAUUCUACAUUGUAAA